AUGGCCCCAAUACCGCUACUCCCUGCUUGGGAACCAGUAGAGGAAGCAGGCCUCGCCAAGGCCAUCAUCUACGUCUCCAUCUCAGUAUCAUUGACGGCCAUCAUAGUUGUCGGCCUCAGGCUAUGGACGAGAAUAAAAGCAAAAUGUAUCGGCAUCGAGGACUGGCUCAUUUCGGCAGCGCUGCUUGUCGGCCUCAUCCACCAGGGCUUGGCGUCGAACGGAGUACAUUCGGGUCUGGGUGUCUAUGAUGAUCGCAUGCCGAGUCGAGCUGUAUACCUGCGUGGUCGCAAGAUUGUAUUUGUCUGGCACUUCAUCUACAUCGUCGCCUGGAUACUCGUCAAGCUUAGCGUCUGUGCAGCAGUCCUGCGCAUCACCUCCCAUCAACGACGGAGGUAUAUCAUCUUUGUCACCAUGGCACUCAGCUCAACUACAGGCGUCGCCUUUAUCAUCGGCCUGCUCGCUCAGUGCUCACCGCUUGACUCUCUGUGGAGUCCAGACAUGUCAGAGGCGGCCGAGUCCCGCCGGAGGGGGGCUGGUCGAAUUGUUGCGGCGGUCUUCUACCUCGUUUCGGCUGUCAACAUCAUCUCUGACCUGGUAAUCGCCUUGUUCUCCAUCUUCAUACUCAGGCACGUGCGUAUGAAGAGGUACAUGAAGGUUUCCGUCGGCGCAGCCCUUUCUCUAGGAGUCUUGGCAUCUGUCGCGACAAUUGUCAGGCUUCCGUAUAUAUCCACCUACUACACUGUGGAAAACUAUUUGCAUUCCAUGGGAUACAUCGUCCUCUGGUCAACCGUUGAAUCAGGCGUCUCCAUAAUAGCCGCCUCGCUGCCCAUGCUCUUCAAACUGGCCAGCAGCGCAACAUCCCUGAUCCUGCAAGAAAACGGUGUCCAGGUGCCGGCAAGGCAACAAAAUCACGAUCGCUUCACCUCCAGUCGCGGGCCCGCGCAAGCGGCAGAUCUCAUCACCAUCGGUCGCAUCAGGUCGAAACGCGGCCCCGCAUACGACAGCUACCUCAGCUUUACAAUCGUGGAGACGGACGAUCUCCGACCACCUGACAGGGCUGCGCUGCGGAGAAGCGACGGGAGCUUGCGAUCGUCCUUUGAGACGGGGACCUCCACCGUCAAUCCGUCCUCGGCCAGGUCGAGCAGUGCCCUAUGCGAGGAACCUGGUGUUCAGAUGGCGGCGCCUGGUCAGGGUCUAAUUCGGCCCGCGUCUACCCGAAUCUAA